UUUACUUAAGGACAGUCAACAACACAAGAGUUCCUUCAGCAUCAAACAUUUGCUCCGACCUUGUGAUUCUAAGUGCCUCUGUCAUCUUGCUGCUCUUUUUUAAUUGUUUUUCCUCAGUGACAAUGGCAAGGAUUCGGAUUGCUAGCGCAAUUGUAAUACUUUUUGUUAUGGCUCAGACUGGCUUCUUACUCUUCAUGUAUGCCCGGCAGAGUAGUUUCAUGCCUCAAUCAGAAGAAAAACCAUCUCAAGUCCACAUCCUCAUUCUCUCCUCCUGGCGAUCAGGAUCUUCUUUUGUUGGUCAGCUUUUCAGCCAGCACCCCAGUGUCUUCUAUCUGAUGGAACCUGCGUGGCAUGUGUGGGUCACGAUGUACCAGAGCAGUGCCAAAGUCUUGCACAUGGCUGUGCGGGACUUAGUCAGAUCUGUCUUUCUGUGUGAUAUGUCUGUGUUUGAUGCCUACAUGCCUUGGAAAAGAAACUUAUCCGAUCUCUUUCAGUGGGCAGUGAGUCGGGCUCUGUGUUCGGUUCCUGCUUGUGACUCUUUUCAACGUACGGACAUAACCAGUGAAAUGGCAUGCAAGACCCUAUGUGGCCGAUACCCAUUCAGCAAGGUGGAGGAAGCCUGCAAGACCUACAGCCACGUUGUCAUCAAGGAGGUCCGGUUCUUUGACUUGAAGGUUCUCUACCCGCUUCUCACCGACCCCUCUCUGAACCUCAAAAUUAUUCACUUGGUCCGUGACCCCAGGGCAGUUGUCAAGUCCCGAGAACAAUCAGUCAAAGCAUUAGCCCGUGACAAUGGAAUUGUUUUGAGUACCAAUGGCACUAAAGUAGAGGACACCAAAUAUAAAGUAAUGCAAGAAAUCUGUAGAAGUCAUGUUCAGAUUUAUGAAACAGCUACUUUUAAACCCCCUAAUUUCCUUAAAAAUCGCUAUUUAAUGAUCCGUUUUGAAGAUUUGGUAAGAGAUCCUUUGUCAGAAAUCUCAGAAAUGUAUAAAUUUGCAGACCUUAGACUGACCCCCACACUCAAAAGCUGGAUCUAUAAUAUCACACAUGGACAGGGACCAGGAAAAAAAAAAGAAGCCUUCAAAAUCACAUCCCGAGAUGCAGUUAAUGUUUCCCAGGCCUGGAGGAAUGUUCUUUCCUUUCAGAAAAUUAAGAAAGUACAGGAGGUUUGCAAAGGUGCUAUAAACAUGCUUGGUUAUCAACUAGUGGAUUCAGAAAAAGAACAAAGGGAUCUGUCGUUGGAUUUAGUAUUGCCAAGACGACAAAACCAAUUCAGCUGGUUAUCAUUUAAUCCAAAGAACUAAGACAUUAUUACUCAAAGAG